AUGGGCCAAAGCUUCCGGCCGGGAGGAACUGGAUGCGGCCAAAGGCGCCGUGCGCCUGGUGGCGCUGGCGCUGGAGCUGCUGCACCUCGCGGUGGUGGCCUCGCUGCUGCUGGGGGAGGCGGCCUUGGAUGGCCUCGUUUUCCGAGACCUCGGGGCCUGGGACUUCCUGGCGGUGACGUGCCUCGCCUCCGUGCCGGUGCUGUCGUCUCUCGCGGCGGCCUGGCUCUGCUGCGAGGACAUCAACCGCGGCUUCCUGGUGCCUUUUGUGUCCUUCGCCGCCUUCGGGGGCUUCACUGUCGUGUUCCUAGCGCUGGUAGCGGCCAUCAGCCAGCCUUCCCUUCACGCCCUGGGUUGGCCCCUGGAGCUCGCGGUGGCGCUGAGCCGCUGCUCCGUCGCCCACGCUGCCUCGCUGGCCGCGCGGCCCGGCGCCGGCUCCGGCGGCGGCGGCUCCGCCGCCGCCGCGGGAGAGGAGCGCAGCGAGCGGACGGCGGUGGGGGCGAGGCCCCCGCGACCGCGGAGGAAGAGGCAGGAGGAGUCCGUGGUGCCGGUGGUGCCCGAGAAAGCCCAGAAUGGCGGCAGCUACUGCUAGAGCAGCUGCUCCAAGAGGGGCUGCCACAGGAGGUUUGCGACCGACUGGAGGUGGACUUCUCCGACAGCGCUCCGGGCCUCCUGGCGGAGCUCCGGGGUGACGAUGCAGCGUUGGAAGCGGUGCAGGUGCCGGUGGUGCUGAUUCACCAGGGCGUCCAAUCCGAAUCCGUGGAUGCCACGCAUCGCGAUGCUGCGCGCUGCGACCGCGCCGUGGUUUCCGCGUCCGUCGUCUCGGCGAUGGCGCAGCUGCGGCGCGAGUGGCGGGAGCAGUGGGCUGGGCACGUGGAGGAGCUGUCGCAAAGCUGCAACCAGAGCUUCCAGCAGCACGAGGAGCGGCUGAGGUUCCUGGACCGACAGGGCGCGGAGCUGCGGCAGAACCUGAAGGCGCUGGACGCCAAGGUGCGGCUGCAAAUAGCUCAGCACAUGGCCAAGGACCCCUCGGAGGUCACGGCCUCUGCGGAGGCGGCGGCGGCUUCGGUGGCGAAGCGCCUGGCGGAGGCGGCGCGGCGGGAUCUGGAGCCGGCGGUGCGGGGCGUGGAGAAAGACGUGGGGAAGCUGCGGCACCAGGUGAGCCAGGUGAACCGGGAUUUGGACAGCCUGAGCCGCGCGGCGGCGGUGGCCCGUACCGGGGCCAUGGACGCGUCGGCGCGGACGCUGCGGAGCUACCUGGUGGAGGCCUUGGUGAAACCGCCUUUAGAGGAGGCUCAGGAGUUGGCGCUGAGGCUGCUCAGCCAGGCCCUGGACGCCGCAGCUCUGCUCUCGGCCCACGCCCUGGCCCCCUCGACGACGCUGACAGCUCCGCCUGCGGAGCUCUUCGCCAAGUACGAGACGGCCGCGGAGACGCGGCGCCUGGUGGCCCAGCUCCUGGCGGACCGCGUCGGCGACUCCUCACGGGACCGCCCGGCCGCGGACGCGGCGCUGGCGCUGACGCAGAGCGCCCCGUGGGCGCCGACAGCGGCGCCGAAAGCCGCGGCGAAAGCGGUGCUGCCGCCGGCGCCGCGGGAGGAGAGAGAGAUCGGGGUCACCCUGGCAGAGCGGUGGCAUCUGUCUAAGCUAGUGUCGCUUGCCAAGGAUGCCCUUGCCGCCGAACCGCAAAGCGUCGGCGGCGGGGGGCAUCCGGUGGCAAUGUCGAUGCACAUCAUGCCCAACAACGCGGCGGGCCCGGUCACUGACAUCCUAGGAGCUGCCACAGAGGGGGAAGGCACAAGUCAACAGGACUCCGACGAGGGUUCCUCGGCCACCUCCUCAGAAGGGGAAGCCGACGCAGGCUCAGUCACCAGCGAGGAGCGAUCCAAGGACGGAAACCGCCGCCGGAGCAGCAGAGAGAGUGAGAUCUGGAAGCCGGCCAUGCCCCGAAAGCACAUCCCCCAUGCGCUGGGCAUCAAGCGCAAGGUGGAAGAUCUGCCGGACAUCAACACCCUCUACGAGCCGCGGGAGCUCGCCCAGCUCUUUAAGUGCAUGGACGCCUACGUGCAUCUGGUUCUUCCCCCGGGCCACACGCACGCGCACACGCCGGACAUGUUCCUCGCCGCGAUGCUGGCCAGCCUGAACGCGCCCUCCCCUGGGCGCCCGAUGACUCCCAGCAACGAUGUGGGAGGUGCCGGCGCGGGCUACCUGCGGGACAAAGAGGGCCCGCUAGUCCUGCGGCCGAUCUUCUGCAGGUUCCUGCUCGCCUCAAAGCUCUGCGGCAGCAGAGACUCGCCGCACCGCUACCAAGACUGCGUGGCGGCCUUCGAUGCCCACGCGAGCCGCUACGAGGCCUUCUUUGGGAUGCCGCGGAACCUGCUGCUGCGGGUGCUCUCAGGCAUCGUGCUGCCGCCGGGCUGCGAGGCCUCGCUGAUGGCCUCCGCCUUCGACGUGAAGCGCCAGCUGCCGCAGCAGGUGCGGCGGUUCUUAGACCACCACCUCCGCGCCGCCACGGGCCACUGCGAGGCGCGGCAGAAGGCUCUGGACGACAGCAUCGCGCGGCUGCCGUGGGUGGAGUCGCUGGUGUGGGUGGACCCAGCAACUCUACCCAAGGUGGAUGAGGAAGGGGAGGAGAAGGAAGAGAAGGAAAAAGACAAGGAGGCUUCUCCACCCAGACGGAGGGGGAGGCUAGAGAGGCAGGACAGCACCAGAUUCGGGCAAGACGAGCUUGGCAAGGCGCCGGAGGCGACGUUGCGGUUGCCGCCGGGGCUGUGGCCGCCGUUGCCCCCAAGGUACGUGAUCUCCGAGAGGGGCCUCCAGCAGUGGAAGGAUGGCAUCCGCCAAUGGGAGGAGGAGGUGAACCAGCAGAGUGCCUCGACUCUGCGUGCCCUGUACGAGAACACGGCCCGCGUGGUGCUCGGGGAGCUGCUCAGCAGCCAGCUGCUGGAGCCGGAGGUCUUGCACUUUACGAGUCGCUUCCUGCCCCUCUUCACCCGGAUCUUCGACGAGUACGCGGAUGAGCACUCCGCGGAUUUGUACCCGGAAGCUGGCUCCAACUCGGACACGGGUGACGAGGGAGAGUCAAGAGGCGAGUCCUCGAGAGGUUUCAACCUCCGCAGCCCAAAGGGCCAUGGCCCAAUGCUGAUGCCGGGGGAAGAGAAGACGCUGAAGCCGCGGGAGGGGCCGCCGGACCUCAUGUCCUUCAACGCCUUCUUCUCCUUCUGCGCCGAGUUCGAGCUCUUCCCAGGGCAUGCGUCGUUUGACGAGCUCAAGCAGAUCUAUGACUCUGCAGAGACUGCUCAGGAGCUGACGCUUGACGCCCCCGAGGUGCCCCGGCGCCGCACCACCGCCUCCGCCUCGGCGGCCCUGGCCUCCCAACUGCCGCAGGUGGACAUCGAGUUCCUGAACAAGCCCCUCUGGGAGAUGUCGGACAUGGAGCUGCUGAUCACCUUCUUCUUCGCGGCCCUGGAGCAAUGGCGCGGACCUGGGGAAAUGGUGUCGCUACAUUUGCUGAGCGGUGAGGCGGCCGUGGUGGGCGGCCUCGCCGACAGCGCGCGGGUCUGGGAGCUGCAGACGCGCGCGGAGCGUCUUCUGCGGCGGAGGCUGAAAGGCCUGGCGCUGAAGGGCAGGCUGCUGGAGGCCAACAGCUCCCUGCAGGAGGCGGGCGUGUUUCAUGGUUCCGAGCUGUCUGCCUUCGUGGAGGGUCCGCAGAUGCAGCGUACCAGUGGCGCCUUCGCGCUUCUGCGCGCGGAUGGCGGAGUAGUGACCUGGGGCCGCGCGUGUCCGCGCGAUGGUCUUGGACAUCGUGGCGUGGUGGCGCAGGUCCAGGCAACGCCUCUGGGUGCCUUCGCGGCCAUCCACCGGGCGGGCGGCGUGAGCACCUGGGGCACCGGCGGGGGGGCCGACUGCAGCCAGGUGCGCGCGCAGCUGCGAGACGUGCGAAGGCUAGAGAGCCGGUUCCUGCGCUUGGCGGACCUGGUGGCCCAGCGCAUGCCCUGGAGCCUGGAGGAGCUCGAGGAAGGCGGCAACUCGGCGCCGCAGAGGUUCCCAGAGAAGAGGGCCCGGCGCAGCGCCAUUGCGCCCAAGGAGGACACUUCUGUGCCCCCCUCCCCGAUGUCGGUGCCGGAAAGGAGGCGGCUGCUGGUGCGGCAAGAGACGCAUACGGAGCUGAAAGUGAAGGAGGAGAAGAAGAAGGAGGGGCGCCUGGAGGAAAAGAAGGAAAGGAAGGAGAAGGGCCUUACCGUGACGGUGAAGGAGGAGCGGAAUCCCACCGUCCAGUUGCCCCCCUGGCUGACGCUGAGCGCCAGCGAGCUACUAGAGAUCGCCUCCCCGCCGGGGCAGGCGCCGCUGCUCAGCACGAAGGAGCUUCAGCAAUGCUUCCGAAUGUUGCUCAAAGACAGCCGCCCGAAUCCUGAGAUCGCGGUCUACCAGCUGGACAAGGUGCUCUCAAAGGCCAAAGCUGCCUAUGAUCAUGCAUCUGUGGGGGACUGCUUCAUGCUGAAGCCGGACUCAGUGCUGUCGGCCUCGGAGCGGGUCACGCGGCAGUUUCUGCAGGCGCUGGACGAGCGGCUCUCGGAGCGUGCGGCCAGGGGCGGCAGCUACAAGAUCGAGGGCAUCUUCGGGGAUGCCGCGGAGGUGACCCCCUCCAUGUUCAUCCGGAAAGCUAUCUCCAUCGCUCUGAGCCCUGACAUGAUUCCGGCAGAGAAGGACUUGGCGAUGAAUUUGGCGCAGAUUGGAGGGGCGCCCAACGGCAACAUGAGCAGGCCGAUGGCCUUCCGCGUGCUGGCGCUGGCACGCGAGUACAAGCGCCGGCAGAGGGUGCAGAACAUGAAGGCGCGGUCUGCGCUCCUGGCGCAGCAGUCCCUGAGGAGCGCUUGGUGCCCGGAGGGGAGCCGCCCCAGCUCCCGGCGAGGGCCGCUCCACCCGCCGCAGCUUCGGAAAGCCUUCCGGGUCGCCGCCUUCGUGGAGUGCCUGGUGAAGCUGGCGCUGCACCGGGCUGUUGGAGCUGCAACGUGGGGCGCCCACCUGGUGGAAGUGCACCUGGCUGCUGAACUUCCUGGGGAUCCGCUUCAUCGACGCUUGCCGACUUGA